CGAGAGCGAAUGAGGCACGUUACAAACAGGCGCGGAACAGGCAGAACUCAGUCUUCCGGAUGAAGAAGCGCCAGCAGGAAGAACGAGAUCGCGAAGCGAUGGAAGAGCUGUACCGCGCUAAAGACACACGAAAGUUCUACGAGAAGCUGAACCGCUCGCGCAGAGGCUUUGUGCCACAAACCGACAUGUGCCGAGAUAAUCACGGGAAUAUUCUCACGAGCGAGCGUGAGGUGGUCGAGAGGUGGCGGCAGCAUUACGAUGAGCACGUCAAUGGCGACGUUGCAAGUACCGAAGGUGGCGUGGUAACAGAUCUAGGAGUAUGUGCACAGGACGAAAGGCUUCCGGCCCCUGACUUCCAAGAGAUUGGGGAGGAGGUUGGCCGGUUGAAAAACAACAAAGCCGCUGGAGCAGAUCAACUACCAAGCGAGCUUCUAAAAUACGGUGGAGAAGAACUGGUGAGAGCACUACACUGGGUCAUUACCAAGAUUUGGGAGGAGGAAGUAUUACCGGAGGAAUGGAUGGAAGGUAUCGUGUGUCCCAUCUACAAAAAGGGCGACAAGUUGGAUUGCGGGAACUACCGCGCGAUCACACUACUGAGCGCUGCCAACAAGAUACUCUCUCAAAUUUUAUGCCGCCGUCUAUCACCGAUUGCAAGAGAGUUCGUGGGGCAAUAUCAGGACCAGAUGUUCGCCAUCCGCCAGGUGUUGCAGAAAUGCCGCGAAUACAACGUGCCCACACAUCACUUGUUCAUCGAUUUCAAAUCGGCGUAUGAUACAAUCGAUCGAGAACAGCUAUGGCAGAUUAUGCACGAAUACGGAUUCCCGGAUAAACUGACACGGUUGAUCAAGGCGACGAUGGAUCGAGUGAUGUGCGUAGUUGGAGUAUCAGGGACACUCUAGAAUCCCUUUGAAUCUCGCAGAGGGUUACGGCAAGGUGAUGGUCUUUCGUGCUUGCUGUUCAACAUUGCUUUAGAGGGUGUAAUUAGGAGAGUGGGGAUAAACACGAGUGGAACGAUUUUCACAAAGUCCGUUCAGCUGCUUGGUUUCGCUAAUGAUAUUGAUAUUAUUGCUUGUAAAUUUGAGACGAUGGUGGAAACGUACAUCCGACUAAAGAGUGAAGCCAGACGAAUCGGAUUAGUCAUUAAUGUGUCGAAGACAAAGUACAUGAUGGCAAAGGGCUCCAGGGAGGAAUCACCGCGCCCGCCACCCCGAAUUCAUAUCGACGGUGAUGAAAUCGAGGCGUUUGAAGAAUUCGUGUACUUGGGCUCACUGGUGACCGACGACAACGACACCAGCAGAGAAAUUCAGAGGCGCAUUGUGCAGGAAAUCGUGCUUACUUUGGACUCCGCAGAACUCUACGAUCGAAUAAAGUUCGCCGUAACACGAAGUUGACUAUCUACAAAACGCUGAUUAGACCGGUCGUCCUCUAUGGGCACGAAACAUGGACCCUACGUGCAGAGGACCAACGCGCCCUUGGAGUUUUCGAACGGAAGGUGUUGCGUACCAUUUACGGCGGAGUGCAGAUGGAAGACGGGACUUGGAGAAGGCGAAUGAAUCACGAGCUGCAUCAGCUGCUGAGAGAGCCAACCAUCGUUCAUACCGCGGAAAUCGGGAGGCUACGGUGGGCGGGUCACGUCAUUAGGAUGUCGGAUAGCAACCCGACUAAAAUGGUUCUCGAGAGUCAUCCGACUGGUACAAGAAGACGUGGUGAGCAGCGAGCUAGGUGGGUCGACCAAGUGGAGGACGAUCUGCGGACCCUACGCAGAGUGCGGAACUGGAGACAAACAGCCAUGGACCGAGUGGAAUGGAGGCGGCUACUAUGUACAGCAGAGGCCACCCCGGCCUUAACCUGAUCGGUAAGGUAAGUAA